CACAUCAAGACGGAGAAGACAGCAGGGCACUGAGAAACACGCACAGCAAUGCUCUGUCAGGAAAACACUGUUCACUUUGGCAGCUGGGCUUUUGUAGUCGGUGGAUUGCUUUACCUUCUGAAACAACUGACCACGCAAACGGCGUACGGACGCUAUGUGGACACAAAAUCCCCUGGGUUGAUGGUCCCAGCCAGGGCAGGCUGGUUUAUACAGGAACUUCCUUCAUUCUUAGUGCCCGUGCUGUUGUUUUUUGCAACGGAAAGUUUGCCAGGCGUUGGAAAACACAUACUGUUCUGGACAUUUUGUUUGCACUACUUUCAAAGGACAUUUGUGUAUUCACUGCUGACUAAAGGCCGUCCAUCUCCUCUCCAUAUUGUGGUCAGUGCGGUGGUCUUCUGCUCGAUCAAUGGCUUUCUGCAGGGUCACUACAUGCUGCACUGCACACAAUACAGCAGCGACUGGCUCACAGACACACGCUUCAUCACUGGUUUGUUGGUGUUUUUGUGUGGAAUGGCCAUCAAUAUCCACAGUGACUAUAUUUUACGAAACCUGAGGAAACCCGGAGAGGUCAGCUAUAAAAUCCCAAGAGGAGGGCUGUUUGAGCUGGUGUCCGGCGCCAACUUCUUCGGGGAGAUUGUUGAAUGGUGUGGAUACGCCGUGGCCAGCUGGUCAUUUCCUGCUUUCUCCUUCGCCCUGUUCACCAUCUGCUCCAUCGGGCCUCGAGCCUACCAUCAUCACAGGUAUUACUUGGAGAAAUUUAAGGAUUACCCCAAAUCAAGAAAGGCUGUGAUCCCUUUCCUGCUAUAAGAAAUCAAAAAAGGAAAAACAUCCUAAAAUAAGUGCACAGAGUCAGCCAUCUACUCCAGUGAUGUUUAAACUCUCCUAGUCACAUUUACCACCAAGAGACAUUUCUACAUUUCUUGUAUUUAUUUUUUUUAAAUACAUGUUUACAUCUGUACAAAGUGAUCUACACACACUCGUCUUGUCAGAAAAACAAAUGAUCAGUAAUAAAUGAUUACAACCA